GCAAUAGAAGUCGGUAGUACGCGUCAUUUACCAAUACAGGAGAAAAAAAGAAAAAAUCCUGUGGCUGUUUUUUCCGUUUCGUUUUGUUUACGAACGUGUUAUAAUACUUAAAGCAGCGUGCCUGUACAUACUGCUUGCAAGCAAACUGCCCGCCUUGUAUGUGUAUUAGUGAUAAUAAUGUUUUCGUAACGGAAUCUGGAAUAUUGUGCACGAUGAUGAUGAUGCGAACAAUCGGGUUUCAUGUUUUUGCGAAGGUCACAUGACCAACGUCUCGAGCGACUGUAGUAAUAGUUGUAGAUUAGUUGUAGUGUUCGAUCUGACAACUGCAAUCGCGCGCGCAUCGACUUAACUGGCAAGGGGGCAGACACUGAUUAUACAUCCUAUACUAUUGUAGUAUACAGAAAUUUAUUUUUUGUUUUUGUUGUUGUAGCGCGCAAUACGUGCGUGUGUAAGUUAACGGUCAGUGAUAAUACAUCGAAGACGGAUCAUAGUGGCGCGCAAUGUCUGGCAGGCCCAAGCGCAGGGGCCGUCCCCCGAAAACCGGCGGGACGGACAAACCUAAAUUUCAGAUGCAUUUGUUGAAGAAGCCAAAGUACUUGCAGAAUAUCGAAACUGCAGCAGCAACUUCUCCAGCAAGUGGUACAGGUACACCUACGGCAAACACUGGCCGAACGUCUUCACGCCGUAGUACUCCUGCAUCCUUACGUUCAUCUCCUUGUCCAACUCCUAACAGAGCCACCCGACGAGGUAACCAAAAGUCUACACCUAAGUCAGCUGCUAAAUCUAAAACUCCCCAUGCUCCACCAUCAACAAGCAAGAAGAAGAAGGUUAUUGAAAAAGUCCAUGAAUACCAUUAUGGUUCUGAUUUUGAAGAAUCUGAAAAGUCAGAUAUAUCUUCUGAUUCAGAACAAUCUGAUACUAAUGUAGAUGUUGUCGAUGAAGUUAGUGACAGUGAUUUUUCUUUGUCUGGUUUUUCUGUUGCUAGUCGGGCACGUAAAAGUAAUGUCAGCUAUAUUAGAAAUCCUAGUCCUGAGCCUUUAUGGAUAAGGGAUGAAGAAAUUCCUAAACUGGAGUUACCUAAAUCAUCUGAAGACCUUCUUGUGCCUACAGAACAUGUUAUGCAAUCAUUAUGUAUUUAUGAAGUUUUGAGGCGUUUUAAAAGUCAGGUACGAUUAUCACCAUUUAGAUUUGAAGAUUUAUGUGCUGCUCUAAUGUAUGAAGAACAAAGCUAUCUUUUAGCAGAAAUUCAUAUGAUGCUUUUAAAAGCAAUUCUGCGUGAAGAAGACUUGCAGCAAACUCACUAUGGUGCUGUUGAUCAAAAGGACAGUAUCAAUAGUAUUUUAUAUUUUAUGGAUAAUAUUACCUGGCCAGAAGUUUUAAAAGACUACAUAGAAUCUGACAAAUCAUUUGAUUCGAAUGUAGUAAAAGUAUUUAAUAAUGGAGAUGAGUAUCCAUUUACUAGUAUUAAAAAUCGCUUAACAGUACUUCAGUUUUUAACUGAUCAGUUUUUAACUACUACACCAAUUCGAGAAGGUUUUGUUCCUGAAGGUCACAGCUUUCAGUAUGAUGAUCACUGUAGAGUAUGUCAUAAAGUUGGAGAUCUUUUAUGUUGUGAAACGUGCCCAGCAGUAUUUCAUUUAGAAUGUGCAGAACCACCAUUGCUUGAUGUUCCUACUGAAGAUUGGCAAUGUAAUUUGUGUAAAGAACAAAAGGUUAUUGGUGUUGCAGAUUGUACUCCUGAUGAUGAAAAAUCAGGAUUAUCAUCCCGUCAAGAACACAUAUCCUAUGAUCGACAUGGUCGUAAAUAUUGGUUUCUAGUCAGACGAAUUUUUGUUGAGAAUGAAGAGACUGGUGAAUGUUGGUAUUAUACAACAGAAGAACAGCUUAGUCUUUUGAUAGAAUCAUUAGAUCCUGAAAUGGAAUUAACUUUAUAUAAUGAAAUAGAAAAAAUAAAAGGAGAAAUUUGUCGUCAAAUGCAAAUAACUAUGGAUCUUACAGCUCAAUAUAGACCAUCAAAUAGAAAAUCAUUUUUAGAAUUAGAAAAUAAUAGUAUUAUUGCUAUGAAAGAAGACAUGAAGAAAAAACAAGAAAAUGAUUCAGAAAAAAAUAAUGAUGAUAUAACUAAUACAAAUGAUGAUCAUUCAGAUAGUGAUUCAAAUGAGAAUACAAAUGAUUCUGAUAAAAAAGAAAAUCAGGAUGCUGAAAAAAAAGAUGAUAGUUUGAUGGAUCUAGAUGAUGCAGUUAUUGAUGGUCAAAGAGUUACACGUAAUAGGACAUUACGUCCUAGGACUACUUCAUUGCCUCAAAAACAAACUCCUGAACAACCAAAAAAACCAUCUAUUAUUGAAAAACAAUCUCCUGCACUUUCCUAUAUUGAAAAUGUUGGAGCUAGAUUAACAAGAUUUAAAGCUCAACAUAUUGCAGCUGGUACUUUCUUAUACAAACUUGGCAUGGAUAAUGGUUUUAAAACUUAUGUAAAUCAAUAUACAUCAAACCCAAUAGCUUUAAAUAAAGUCCAAAAAAAUGAAGAACGUGAUAAGAAGAGAUACAUGUCUCAUAAGUUUAUGUUAACUGGGUCUGGUGAAUUUAAAUGGAUGGGACAAAUAAUUGGUUCUAAAUCAACAAUUAUUACAACAGUGAAACAAACUAUUAUUGCAUUAGACAACUCUCUUCCAUCAUCACUUAUGCAUAUGAACUGGCCCACAUUGCGAAAAGCUUGGUUAAAUCAAGUGAAUUCUUGUUCUACCCCUAAAGAUUUUGCUCGAGUUAUGGUUGUUCUAAUGUCUUGCAUAAAACCUGUAGUUUAUGCAUCAGUAUGGCAUGAGCAACUAGGACAUGUUAAACUUUUUCGAAUUACUCAUGCUGAAAGAGAAGAAAGAAAAAAAAUUGAUAAGAAAGAUAAGAAGGAAAAAGAUGCUGAAGAAGAUGAGCGUAACAGAAUGACAAUUAAUUUUGUUAAAUAUACUCUUGGUUUAAAACAUCAGGUUCAUAAGCAAAAAGGAGAAGAGUAUCGAAUUCACGGACAAUGGGGAUGGCAAUGGCUAUCUAAAACCAGAGAUUAUAAACUUGCAGAUUCCUCUAAUCAAGGCUUGGCAGCUGGCCCUGCUAAACGAAUUUUUCAGGGUAAAGAUCAUAAUGGAAUUCGAACGUUUUCUAUCCCAGAAACUAUAUAUGAGUCUGUAAUUAAAAAAGAAUGUGUGAUUGAUCCAGAAGUUUUCAGUGAAAUUCCUAAUGAUCAAAAUGUAACGCAUUUAGAUAAUGUUUCUGAUAUCGAUCUUUCAAGUUUUAAAAUUCUUUCCCCCGUUUUUAAGUUGGAUAACAAUAUUAAUGUAAGCAGCGCAAUUAGAUCAACAAGUCGUAUUUUAUAUCCCAAACUUGCUAAGAAAUGUAAAACUGAUAUGCUCUUAGCAAGAAGAAUGCAGUUAAAAAUAGCAGAAGAAAAAGCUAUAAUUGCAAAAAAUCAACCACAGCCAACAGUUGAAACAAAUUCUACUACAUCUGCUAAUAACACAACUGAUACAACAGAACUACUUACUAAGAUGCGUGAAAAAUCAUAUAUGUUAAACACGCUUCAAAAACGAGUGAUAGAGCUUAAACAACAUUAUUUAUCUUUUAACACUAUGUCAGAACAUAUGAUUUGUUAUAACAGUAGUUGUAGAGCUGCAAACAAAUCAAGUAUGACAGCUUCAUGUUACAGUCCAUUAUGUAUGAGACAUGUAAAUGUUAGAAAUGAAUUGCUCUCUUUACUACGAAAAAUGAACACAUUAAAAUCUGAAUUAACAGAAUUAAAAGCAUUAAUGCCGAAAGACCAAAAUGUAUUGAAUAGUAUUAAAUUGGAACACAAUCAAUCAAAUGCAAAAAAUGAAGUUAAAUCAACUGAUACAGCAAAAGAAGAAGUUAAGAAAGAUGAAAAUGUUGACAUUAAAACUGAACAAGUAAAAGUAAAACAAGAAAAUGAGGAGAUUAAAACUGAAAUUGCCAAUGAACAAGUUAUUAAACCUGAAAAAACUCCAGAAAGUCAGAAAUCUGAAGUUACAAAUAGCCCUUCAGGGUACUAUAAAUCACUUUUAAUUUUUAUAAUUAUUUAUUUACUUAUUUAUCUUGUUCAUAGACAAAGUGUAAUGAAACCCGCUAGAAAACGAGGUGGUGCUAAGCGUGAAGGUGUUUUGAUUGAUUGUGUUGAUGAUGGUAGGGUGUACUCAACAGAUGAUACUCGUAAAAAGAUUUACUUGAAGAAAGUUUCAAUUAAUAUAACAAAUAUUCGCAAAAAGCCUGAAAAAAUUAAAUACCCCCCUACAUCACGAUUUUAUACUCGUAACAAACAAUCUAGUAUAUUAGUAUUACCUAAACAUGAAAUACGUAAGUUAGCUAGACAUGCAGGAUUUGACGUUGUUAAUGGGUUUAACCCAAAUGCCAAAACUAACAAUGCUAUAUGGCCCUAUCCUUGUCCUAGACCUUAUUUUAAAACUUGCUGGCUGUAUAGAACAAUUACUUUUAAUACUAUAUCAGCUGCAGCAUUGCAGUUGAGAAUUCUUUGGGCUUGUUUGAAGUGGGAUGAUUUGACUGCUAAAACUGCCCACUUAGCUAGUAAACGUGAAGUAACUACUGAAACAGAAUUAGUUACAACAGAGACUCUUGAAUGCCGAACCUCUGGACAAUUUAAUGAACGCACUGAAUACUUAAUACGCAAAGUUGUCAUACCCCUUGAUAUACCAAAACAAGUUAGAGAAAUUACACCAAUUCGUAGUGGAUUGAGAAAACGAAAACGAGAAGAAACUCCUAGAAAUACAGCACCACAAGUGUCUGAAGUGUGGGUUGAUGAAAGUAAACUAGAACUUGUUGAGAUUAAACAAUUCCAUGAAAGAGUUGAACGUGAAAUUCAAAUGCAACAAGCAAUGAAAACUCGUGCAGCUACUGCUUAUGCUAAUAGGCAUUUAAAUAAUGAUUCAUUAGUCAAAAGUAUAAAUGAUAAACAACGGAAUUCUGAAACUUCUGAACAUCUAAAAGAACAAUUGGAACAAUCACUUAGGGCUCAGCGCUUAGCAUAUAAAAGAUCAUCUAUGAAUAAUGAUUUGAACUCUUCUAAUAAAAGAUUGUGUGUAGAUGUAUCUAAUUCCCAUAGUCCUGUGUCUAAUAGUUCAACACAACGUAUGAAGCUUGUUCCUGGUGAAGGAGGUAGAUUAAAAUUAAUGCCAAAUAACAAACCUUUAAGCCAAGGCUCAAAUGUUUUACAAUCUUCCCCUAGAGUUACUACUAAGCCUACUACACCAACAACACGCCGUAUAUUUAUGACAAAAUGCCCAGAUGGAAAGACUCGUCUUGUUACUACUCCUAAAGCUAUUUUAACUGAUGGAAACAUAAUAAAUCAAAAUACCUUAAAAAUACACUCAAGUAGUCCACAAAUAUUAACAUCAAAUACCAUGACUCAACAAAAACUUCAAUGUAUUAAAGGUGAAGAUGGUAAAAUACAAGUGAAAGGCCUUCUUCCUGGGCAACAAUUAAUUCAAUUACCCGAUGGAAAAUUACAUGUAACAACUAGUUAUAUUAAUCAAUCAUCAUCUCCCCGGACUGUGCAAAUUACUAAAAAUACCUUAAUAGCUAACAAUAAUAAUUUUAACAAAACAGGAACCCAAACAAUUAUUUUAAAUAGAACACCACAAGUUAUAAAAUCUCAAACGUCUCAGGUUGUAGUUUCUAGUGGUCAAUUAGUAAGUGUUUCACAAGGGCAACAAAUGAUUGUUCAACAACUUAACCCUACUAAGGCUACCAUAGCUACAAUAAAUGGACAGCAAGUUCUAAUUCGACCAAAUACUGGAAGUACUACCAAUAUAAUAAGUACUGGAGGGCAGGCUAUUAAACUAGUAAGACCUCCUCAAACAAUACAAAAAAUUAACUCUGCUGUACCUCCUUUAACACCUCGUAAUUCUCAGACCAUUGUUCAGGAACAUGUAACAAAUACAACUACUGUUGAUGAACAAGAAAAAAUUUUACUUGCUAAUCAACCUCCAGGUACAGUUAUUAAAUGUAUCACUGCACAAGUUAUACAAAGUCCAACACAUGGAAAUAAAAUAGUAUUACAAGGUUUACAAGGCAAUGAUUUUACACCUCAACAGCUUCAACUAGUUCAGCAACAAGUGAAACAACAAUUAUUAAAAGCACAAGAAUCUAGUGGAACUCAAGGUGUUUUGGGACCUACAAAAAUUUAUUUAGCUGUACAACCACCUGAUUCUCAUAAUUCUGCUCCUCCACAAACAGUAAACACAGUCAAGCCUGCAGAGAUUACUCCUCAACAAACAGAGCCUAAUAAUACAACUGAGAAUUCAGCUACCACUGUAAAGUCUAUGGAUAUAACAACCAAUCAAGAAAAAACAGUUACAGAGGAAGUAAAUGAUGCUUCAAAUGAAUUUGUGGUUACCCCAAAUUACAUCAGUCAAACUAUUAAAAACGUAUUAAAAAAUGAGGAUUUAAAUCCCGAAACUCAAGAAAAACUAUUACAGCUACAAAAAUACCAAGAACAAAAAUUGCGUGAUCCAGUUCAACCUCAACCAGUUGUUCCUUCAGUAAAAAAACGUCCCUUUGAAAAUAAUGAUUUAGAUUCUGAGCCACCUACAAAAAUAGUACCAUGUGAUAAUUUAGGGUCAAAUGUACCUCCGGAACAGUCAAAACUGUACCAAACAUUAAAACAAGGAGAUGAUAAGCGUAAAUUACAACAAAUUCAAUCAAAACUUCAGGUUAGCUUAUACAAACAGAAAGAAUUAUUGAAAAAAGAUAUAUUGAAAAAACGUGCUCUUUUGGAAAAGGAAUUGCAGAUCGAAAUUCAGAAUGAAAUAGCUGCUGAUAUAACAGUUACUUCAGCAGAUUCAACAACUACAACUAGCGAUGUCACUGAAAAAUCACCCGUACCUGUUCAAACAACAACUCCUCCUCCUCAAGGAAGUAGUAAACGAAAACAUGCUUCAGGUCCUCCUACUACCAUACAAACAACACCUCAUCUCAAUAGUAAUUCUAAAAUUAAUAUUUCUGGCCCUGGUCGUCGGAGAAUUAUAAAAAAUUCUCCUCCUACACCUAGCAAAAACCACACUAAGCCAAUGUUAGCUCCAGCACGUAAAAGUUCAAGCCCUAAAAAGAAUAAAAAGGAAAAAAUAAUGUGCAUAUGUCGAACUCCCUAUGAUAGUUCACAGUUUUAUGUUGGAUGUGACAUGUGUCAUAACUGGUUUCAUGGUUCAUGUGUGGGAAUAACUGUGCAAAUGUCUAAAAAAAUAACUGAGUGGUUUUGUCCUGAGUGCAAAAGAUCAAAAGACCCUGAAGUACUUUAUUGUAUCUGCAAAAAGCCAUAUGAUGAUCAACAAUUUUAUAUUUGCUGUGACAAAUGCCAAGAUUGGUUUCAUGGUAGCUGUGUUGGUGUACUGCAAUGUGAGGGUGAUAAAAUGGAUGAUUACAAUUGUCCAAAAUGCAUGUCUGAUUCUGAAAUAAAUUUUGCUAACUUAAAUCCACUUAACGAAAAUGACUAUGAAGAUUUAACUAAGCUCAUAAAACAAAUUCAAUCACAUAAAAAUGCAUGGCCAUUUAUGGAUCCAGUUGAUCCCCAUGAAGCUCCUGAUUAUUACAAUGUUGUAAAAGAUCCUAUGGAUUUAAAUUGUAUUGGUAAAAAGGUUGGAGAAAAAAAAUAUAAAAACCUAACUGAAUUUAUUCGCGAUAUGAUCAAAGUUUUUGAUAACUGUAGAUAUUAUAAUCCGAGAGAUUCACAAUUUUACAAAUGCGCUGAAAUUUUAGAACAAUUCUUUGUUAUGAAAUUAAAGAAUUUCAGAGAUAAACUUUGUGAACAAUACAUGGAAGCAUAAAUAAUAUUGUCUGAUCUAAAAUGUUUUGUAUGCAACUUUACUUUUAUAAACAUGUUUUGAUAAUAAUUUUUAUAUAUAUUUAUUUUAUUUUUAUUGAUUUACAAUCGAAUACUACUAUUUGUUUUGUUUUACAAAACAUAAUCACUAUAUUUUUAAUGCAUAUUUCAUUCUUUUAUGAUUAAUUUAUUUCUACAAUUAUUAUUGAUAUUUAAAGGGAGAAUGUAUUUUUAGUUAAUUUUACCAUUAAUUUUGAUUAUUUCAUAUAAGAUGGCAUAUUAAUUUCUGCCAAUAGUAAUUACACAAUUAGAUUUUAUUUAUCAUUUUAAAAUAUCUUGAACUGUUAUAUAGUCAUCUAUAUACUAUUAUGUAAUAUGUGUAUAUAAGUAUUUGUAACUAAUUUUUAUACUUUUUUUGUUGAUAUAUGAUAAAUAUCUGCAUGAUAACUUGAUGAGCUCAUUCCAUAUAUUUUUGAAAAAACUUUCUAGUGAACAUACUUUGAUUGUAAAUUAAAUACCAAAAAAAAUGAAAAAAAUUUAAAUGCGAACAAACAUUUUAGUGUUUGAGUCUCUCAUACUAUAUUAUGAAUAGUGAAUAGUGAUCUUUAAAACAUGUCAAAAUAAUCCAAUGUUUAAUUGUUCAUUAAAUGUGUAUACAUAAUUUUAUUAAAUAAAUAGAAACAAUGUUGAUUUUAUUUUAUAAUAAAAAAAAAAUAAACAACUAAAAGUAAACAAUUUUUUUUUCUUAUAUCUUUAUUUAUUUUUUGAUGGUCUAAUAUUUUUUCGUAUAAAUAUAGUGAGGGCAGAGAUAAUCAAUAAUAAAAAAAAGAUUUUUUUUCAACAUUUAAAAAUAACUAUUUUUAAUUCUUUUCUUACACAUAGUUUUUAUGAAUCAAUAAAAAUUUUAGGACAAAUAUUUAUCAAGUUACAAGUAUUUUAAUACAUAAAAUGGCAAUGUAGUAAGGGUGAAAAAGCUUGUACUGGUGUACACAAAAUACUAUGCAGCGUGUCGUCGUACUCUUUGUAUUAAAAUGCUUUUAACUCAAUGAUUACUUGUUUUAAAAUUGUUAUGAACUUAUCAAAUUAUUUUAUAAGAAAAUGGCUAUUUUGAAAAAAAAAUUAAUACAUUUUUUUUAUUAGUGAUAAAUAAUAAAAAAAAUAUUCUUUAAACGUAAUCUAAGAAGAUAAUUUAAAAAAAAAAACCAGCACAGGGGGGUCGUGGCACA